AUGUUAAGACAGGACAAUAACAAGCUAAAUUUGAUGGUCAUAAGAAUUAUGUCUUAUUUGUAUGCUUCUCUCCUGAUGGUUUUGUAUUGGCAUCUAGCAGCGCAGAUGGAUCGAUACUUUUAUGGGAUAUUCAGACAAAACAAUAAUGACCAAUAUUGGAAAAUCAUCUUUAUUGUAUCUAUCAAGUAUGCUUUUCUCCUGAUGGUUCUACAUUAGUAUCUUGUAGCUACGAUAAGUCUAUCUAUUUAUGGGAUGUUAAGAAAAGAUAGCUGUUAAAGAAAUUUGAUGGUCAUAGUAAUUAAGUCCGAUCAGUAUGCUUCUCUCCUGAUGUAAAGAUAAUUCUAUUCUUUUAUGGAAUGUUAUAACAGGACAAUAACGAGCUAAAUUCGAUGGUCAUAGCGAUAAUGUCAGAUCGGUAAGCUUCUCUCCUGGAUGGUUCUACAUUGGCAUCUGGAAGUGAGGAUCUCUCUAUCUGUCUUUGGGAUGCUUCUAUAGGAUAAUUAAAAGCAAAGUUAAAUGAGCAUAGUAAAAUUGUUACUUCAGUAUGCUUCUCACCCUGAUGGUAAUCUAUUGGCAUCUGGUAGCGAUGAUAUGUCUAUCCGUUUAUGGGAGGCUAAAUAUGGAUACACUAUUGUUACUACUAACAAAAAUUAUUAGGAUAGUCUUGAAUAGAAACUUGAAAACAAUUCCUUUACCGAAAAAUGUAAUUAAGUUAACACUAAUCUAACUAUUCUUCUUAUUUCCUAAUAACCAGUAUUCUAAGCUAGAUGA